CUUGCCCACAAUAUGGCUUACAUUCAUAAUUAAAAUUCCGUUACUGAUCAUCAUGCCCAUAAUCUUUGCAAAAUACAGAGUGCCAGGCACCAUGAAGUAUCUCCGAUAGAUUCGGCGAGAAAUUAGAGGGGAAUCCGGAGAAUCCCCAAUCAGAUGGACUCUUCUUCCCUAUAGAUUUCCACCUACUUUAGGGACUGGAUGGCGGUAAACUUUCCAUCCACCGCCCCCCUUUUAGACUCUAUAGUCCAUCAGGAUUUCACUCGUCCCCUCACUGCCAUGGAUUCGCCGGCGGCUAAGAGAUCGUACUGGCGGUUCAGCAAGAAUGAUUUCUUCCCCGAGCCCACUUUCCAGAACUUCUCCACCUACCUAUCCGGCGUCGCCCAAACCCCGAAACGCCUUAAAGAUCGGUUCUUGGAUAGGUCCGAUGAGACCACAGAGAUGGUGGAGCUCCGCAAAGAGUCCGAGAAUGAGAUGCGCAAAUGCCUGACUUGGUGGGAUCUCAUGUGGCUAGGGUUCGGGUCCGUCGUAGGAUCGGGCAUCUUCACAAUCACGGGUCUUGAAGCCCACAACGACGCCGGCCCUUCCAUCGUUCUAGCCUACGCAAUCUCCGGUCUCUCUGCACUGCUCUCCGUCUUCUGCUACACCGAGUUCUCCGUCGAGAUCCCAAUCGCCGGCGGCUCAUUCACUUUCCUCCGAAUCGAACUUGGCGAUUUCGUGGCGUUCUUAGCCGCAGGUAACCUUCUAUUAGAAGCUGUGGUAGGUGCCGCGGGCUUAGGACGCUCAUGGUCUUCAUAUUUUUCAAGUAUCAUAAAGAACGAUCCCGAUUUUCUCCGAAUCAAGAUUGAUUCUUUCGCAGAAGGGUUCAAUAUGUUGGACCCCAUAGCUGUGAUAGUUCUGGCUAUUGCUAAUGGAAUAGCCAUGACUGGAACCCGCCGUACUUCGAUAUUGAAUUGGUUAAGCUCCAUGGUGACUGUCGGGAUUAUAGUUUUCAUCAUCAUUGUUGGUUUCCUUCACGGGAAAACCGAAAAUUUAACCCCAUUUGCCCCAUAUGGGGCAGGAGGUGUAUUUAGGGCAGCUGCUGUUGUGUAUUGGUCUUAUACAGGUUUUGAUAUGGUUGCCACAAUGGCAGAAGAGACUAAAAAGCCCUCUCGGGACAUACCCCUUGGGUUGAUUGGUUCAAUGUCCUUUAUCACUGUACUCUAUUGCUUAAUGUCGUUUGCUCUUACUACAAUGGUGAAAUACACAAGCAUUGAUAUAGACGCUCCUUAUUCGGUUGCGUUUAAUGGGAUAGGGAUGAAAUGGGCAAAAUAUUUGGUGACUGUUUGUGCACUUAAGGGAAUGACAACAAGUCUGCUAGUGGGGUCCAUGGGUCAAUCUCGAUACACUACCCAGAUUGCAAGAACACAUAUGAUUCCUCCAUGGUUUUCUCUUGUUCAUCCGAAAACCGGAACCCCAAUAUAUGCUACUCUGUUGACCACCAUAACUAGCUGCAUAAUUUCGUUUUUCACAAGCUUGGAUGUCUUGUCUAGUGUUUUCUCAUUCUGCACGCUCUCAAUUUUCAUGCUAAUGGCUGUGGCAUUGCUCGUCAGGCGGUACUAUGUUAAGGACCAAACAACAAAAGGUGAUUUUAUGAAAUUCUUGACAUACUUGUUUGUCAUCAUAGGCUCAUCAAUUGGAGUGGCCGUUCUUUGGAACAAGAAUUACAGAGGAUGGGUGGGGUAUACGGUUUUGGGUGUUUUUUGGGGUUUAGGGACCCUAGGAAUGGCAUUGCUUCCGAAGGGAAGGGUUCCAAAAGUUUGGGGAGUUCCUCUUGUUCCUCUCCUACCAUCGGUGUCGAUUGGGAUGAACUUGUUUCUUAUUGGAUCUCUUGGACCCGCUGCAUUUUACAGGUUCUUUAUAUGCAGUGGGGUGAUGCUGGUUUACUACCUCCUUGUCGGUGUCCAUACUACUUAUGAUAUGGCUCAUCAAACUCAUAGGGACUUGAUCAUAGAAGAUGGAAAGGGGGCUUCUGAUCAGUUGUCGUAGUAAUAGGUCAUUUUUUCUUGAUUAUUAUUUAUAUGUUCUUUUCUAAUAGUCAAUAAUGCCCAGGAACUGCAGUCUUUAUUUGUGUAAAUUUCUCAUAGAUGUGCAGGUUCUGUGGUACAAUGGUCAUAUACUAUUUAAUUAGUUUGGUUUUAUUUCAUUUUAGGAUAAUUUUCUUUGUUUGUCUGCACGGAGGUUCACAACAAUGAGAUGACCGAUUGCAAAGUAAAUGUCAAUGAAGAAUAAAUCAUCUCCUUCAUUAUUAUGUCAAAAAGGCUUUUUGAUGUACUUCGUUUGCUUAAUGUCAUUCUUCUCUUGUAAAUACACAUUAAGGGCCUGUUUGGAAGCAUUACAAGUUUGAUUCUUUCUUGUUUUCUUAGAAUUACCGUAAAGAACGUUACAUCUUUUGCAUUGUCAAUAUUGAUUCUUUUGCAAAAGGAA